AUGCACUUAUGGCCAAUUAGCCCGCCUCAAUUGUUUAAAAUUCCGCCACGCAACAGUAAAUUAGAUGGCGGCCCUAGAACUGAUAAUGAUAAUAUCCUCCAGUCAAUGGCACUUCCCCAGGCCAAUGUUCUUAUUAUGCUGACCCCUACAAGAGUGCUCAUCUACAAUUUUAAACCAAUGGCACUGGUGGCGAGUCACGAACGAACAACUGCUUCUCUUCAAGAAUUUGGUGACAACAGAUCAAUGAAAAAAUCAGCUUCAUAUAACGAUACCAUCGAAGGACUAAUCUCUAAAAAAGAUUCACAGUACUUAUCGUGGCACCAAGGAAAGCUCAUAUUUUAUGUAAUGACUGAUACAAAUUUUCUUUUAACGUAUCAAAUUUUGAAGAACUGUACAAAUGAGAUAAUUUUUAAAGAAUAUGGGAUACCUGUCAUAGAACCUCUUUUAAUGAAUGAAGCAGAAGCCAACAGCACUGAAUAUGAUUACAAUACCGAUGAUGACACACUUACAGUAUUUGAUAAGAAUAACUCUUCAAGAGUUAUACAGAACGGAUUCGGCAUAACCAAGGAGAAAGGAUUUUUACAUUUUCUUUCUAAUCAAGAAAACAUCGAUGAACUUCCGGUAAAAAAAUUGGAACUUCGUUUAAAAGUUGUUUUGAAAUUUGAUUACGACAUUAUAGACAUGAUGGGCAUCAAAACUUUCUCUAAAGUCGGAGAUGGACGUUGUAAAGAGGUUUUAAUAGUUUUAUUUCCCCAUGGCUUGCAACUACUUACAAUUUUGGACUUUAAAGUUAGUAAAAGCUCUCUGGUUGAAGUGAGAAACGGAUCAAAGAUAAUUGUGUGUAAUAAACAGUUGAUGGUUUUAUCUCAUGAUGCUGAAGAAAAGCAAACCAUAGUGAGCAUCAUAGACAUAGAAAAGCAGGCAGUUGAAGCAAUACCGUUACCGGACACACCAGAUAAACUAUUGACAUGCUUAGAAGUUAAUGGAUACUUGGUAGUUGUUUAUAAAGAGAAAAUUAUUUCCUUUGAUUCAAGGAAUAAAAAAAUAUGUCAUUCUUGGAAGCCACCAUUUAUAAUAAAACUUUGCGAUAGAAUUAAUGAUGAAAUAUUGCUCUUGAUUUCUGAGGAUAAUACUAACAUUUUUUUUUACACAGAAUUUGGGAAUCUUUUGUUUGCCACAUAUGCUGAUGAUGACGACUGUAAUGAGGAUAACAACGACGAGAACAGCAAAGAUGAAAGUGAAAAAGAAAGAUCGGCUCGUUAUGAAAUUUCUGACUUUGUAUGUUUGGAUAAAUCAUUGAUAACAGUAUCUCAUUCUGGAGAAUACCAAUUUUGGAAAUUAUGGGAAGAAACAAAACAGACGCAAUUUGAUUUUAGAAAUCCAAAAUGCUAUGUAUUAACCAAUACCAAUAACGAUGUAAUCAUAUAUUCACCUGUGACAAGUUCCUCUUUGAAUAAUGAUAAUUUGCAGGUCAUAAAACUUCCUACAAAGACUUUCAAUAAUCACAUCGCUUUUGUGAAAAUCAAUUCCUCUCUGAGGUUACUUGCCACUUAUGUGUCAAACAAAAAUAUACUGCUUAUUCACAAUUUAGAGACCAAUGGAUGGACUAGUUUUACAGAUCAAAAUGUGUUGGAUUUGCAUUGGCUGGGUGAUAAUUAUUUGAUAUGCCAUAUGAAAAACGAUGACAGCUCAACAAGUUUGAAAUGUCUGCAGAUUCCCCUUCAAGAAGAAAAUCUCGACAUAGAACUAUCAGAAUAUGUUAUUUGGGAAUAUAUCAUUCCUGAGAAUACAAUUGUCUUCAGUGUACAUGUUAAUACUCUAUUCCGGCACAAAUUGUUGAAGAUUAAAUCCAAGGAUCACAAAGCUUCAGAGAAACAAGCAGAAGCAUUAUUUAAAACAGGAGAGGUUAUCUUAGUCACUGAUGCUCGAACGAUUGUUUUCGAUGUACUUUCUACCGUCCAUCCAUGUGGGUUGAACCUAGUCAAAAGCUUUUACCAAUAUCUUAAAAUUAACAUUCCAAUAGAUGUUUUACCCAACAGAAUUGGAUGGAUAACUAAUAUGAAAGACGGGUUGUUAUUUUUUGCAGAUAGAAAAUUCAUAAAGCUUUACAAAAUAGAAGGAGGAGGUUGGCAAACCUUGACUUUAUUGAAUAAUAUAGAAAGAAUAAUCGAUAUAAUGAAAGACGAAAUAUUUGUUGUUCAAGACCAUAAUUACGUCGUAUAUUCCUUAGAAGAUUUAUGGGAUGGCAAAAGGCCCCUGGUUUCUAUCCCGAUCGAAGAAGAUCUGUACCCAAUAUCGAUUACACCAGAAACCGCCACUACACAUACGCUUCACUGCAUUUUCAAUUCGAGGUUUUCCAAGUUGGUGGUAAAACACCAAAUAUACCUCGAUCAAUUAAUCUUGGCCAAAUUAACAGAUAAUAUUAGUUUGGAGGAUAUUUCAAAUGAUUACCGUUCACUACGACCUUAUAAGUUUGCACUCGAAAAAAUUUUGUCAACUAAGAUAUUGCAAAGUGACUCUUUGGAAGAUAUCCUGAGAUUAAUCAAGAUGUAUGAUAAUAGUGAUCCAAAACAUAAUACUUCAAUACCUUCUCACAGUGGUAUGUUAGAAAUCAUCAGUAAUUGUCUAAGAAAGAUCGAAACAAAAUAUUGGAAUCACCUUUUCAUCAAUCUCAAGAUGACACCAAGAGAUUUAUUAGCUCUAUGCAUAGAAGAGAACGAGGCUAGAAUGCUUGGUGUACUUCUCUUGGUAUUUUUAAAUUACGAUGAGAAAGACUUAGUAGAUGAUCUCCAGUUUAGAAAGUCGGACGUAGAGACAAAAAUAAACCAAACCAUAAAUUAUACACCUGCAAGAAAGUCAGAUAAAUCUGUUAGUAACUUAUUGAAGGAUGAACAAUUAAUGCUAAAAGUCUUGGAGCUUUUAGUAACAAGUGCUGCGAACACUACAGACCCGGUAAAAGCUACUGAUUCGUGGGACAUGUGUUUCCAAUUAAUACGCCUACUUAAGGAACUAGACAGGGAAAACAACACACAAUUGGUUCAAAAGGCUCUCGAGAGACUCAAAUAG